CAGGCUCUGACUGACGCGCUUUCAACUCAGAGAAGGGGCUGAUGAUGGCCAGCGGCACACGGUCUUCUGCAGAAGGCUCAGGAUUCCAACUGACUUCUGCAUUCAAUAGCUUGGCAGGGUGCCUGGGCCAUGGCCACAUCUCCCUGGUGCUGCAGCUGCUCUGCCUCACGGUCUUAGCUGGGAUCCUGGUGGCUGCCCUUGUCCAAGUUUCCAAGAUCCCCAGCUCCCAGGAACAGGAGCAGGAGCUAGUGAAGCAGGAGAAGAUGUACCAGGAGCUGACCCAGCUGAAGGCAGGAGUCGACCGCCUGUGCCGCCCCUGCCCCUGGGACUGGACGUUCUUCCAAGGACACUGUUACUUCUUCUCCAAGUCCCAGCGGAACUGGCACGACUCCGUCAUCACCUGCCAGGAAGAGGGGGCCCAACUAGUCGUCAUCAACAGCGCUGAGGAGCAGAGCUUCCUGCAGCAGACUUCUGACAUCCAAGGCUCUGCCUGGCUGGGGCUCUCAGACCUGAAUAAGGAAGGCGCAUGGUCCUGGGUGGAUGGCUCUCCUCUGUCACUCAACCUCACGAGAUACUGGAUGCCAGGGCAGCCCAACAACCGUGGCGGACAGGACUGCGUGGAAGUGCGAAGCAGGGGCUGGAAGGACUCCAAAUGUGAUUACAAGAAAUUCUGGGUGUGCAAAAGAUUUGCAGCCUCCUGCUCCACUGAGUGACUGCUGGUUCCUCCGCGCCACGCCUGCCUCCUGAACAGCCCGGCAGGUCUCAGAACUCCACCCAGGUUUAUGCCAAGCCCUCCCCCUGCCUAUGGACAUCGAGGUUUUAAUACAAGCUCUGGGACUCUUCUCUGGGAUGCCUCAAUCCCUGUGGGGCUGAGCCCACGUGGGGUGACACGGGCCCUCCCUCCUGGGCCUCUAGGUUGCCCCUGGCUUUAAGGGGUGGUUGUGUCUCACCUUUGCCAUUCCAUCCAGUGCCCAGGAGUGGGGCCCAUAGUGGGCUGGGUAUGUUCCACUAAUCUACUCCGUCUUCCCCGCUGAGACCAGAGGGUUUGCAUGACCAUGUGUAGCUGCUGCCAUGUCCCCCAGGGCCCAUCCCACCUCUGCAUGACUUUCCUCCAUCUGCUCAACUUCCAUGACCCUCCCCUGCAACCCGUUGGCCCAGGGCCCUCUCCUGGUUGCCGUAGCUCACCCUGGAGGCUGGAAGCAUGAAGGAAUUCAUUCCCCCAGUCAAUCAAGGACUGCCAGGAGCUGCAGCAUGAACACCCAGCCCUGCCUCCCUGGGUGACCCUGGUGGACCCUGAAGUUUGCCUGCCAGCUCUGUUCAGGGAGGGACACGCUGGCCUGCUGCUGGGAGUUCCUUGGAGGCGGCUGACACCUCUCAGCCUCUUCCAGUCUAGACCCUACUGCAGGGAGCUGCCUUCUCCAAGGUCAGGCUCCUUCCUGGUGCAGCCCAGAUGGGUACAGGCCCGUGAAGAUCUGUCCACGUGGGGUCCACAUGGGGCACCCCUGAAGGACCAUGCAGGUUCCAGAGCUCCCAUGGAGUCCUCUGUGGCUGCUGUCAGACCUCCUCUGCUGGACUGUCCCCCUCCCUGCUCCUAUUCCCUUCCAGUGGCAUAAUAAAAAUAUCUUUUUGGUCCUGAGUGGCAGGGUGGCUUUUUAAAAUUCCUAGUGAGCCUCUGGGCUCCCACUUGAAUUCAGGCUAAUGAGGUGUUUGAUGGUAGGACUUGGACGCCUCCACAUGGGAGGGGUCACCAGGGAAAUCAGAGGAUUUUAGAGGGUCGGAACUUCCAGCCCCUCCACCGAUGAAAUGAGGCAGAGUUUAGGAAGCUCGCGUAGGCAUGGCUAGCUUGAGUCUUUUCAGUGGGCUCUGGGCUGGAGGUGCCUGGUACUUAGCCCUGGGGAGGUGUAUAGUGGCCCAGAGUGCCAGAGUCCCCCAAGCAGGGGCAGAGAUUGAGCUGUAUGAAAAGUCUGGUAACGGUGGGGUUUGGUUUGUGCCAGGCUGGUGAGCAGGAGAGGGUCCCAGGUGCUGCCCACUAGGAGAGAGCGUCCCACCGCCGCACGCUUUCCCCUCCAUCCGGGCAUCUCUUCCAUCUGGCUGAGUUGUGUUCUUUAUAACAACCCAGUGAAUGCAAGCAUGUAUUUUUCUGUGAGCCAUCUGGAAAACUGGGAGUGGGUUCUGGGAGCCCCUGGUUCAUGGUUGGCCUGGCUGAAGCAUGGCUCCCCUAGGCACCCCUCUUGCAGAAGACAUCUGGGCUCGUCUUGUGGAACUGAGAUUUCUAACUUGUGUAAUCCAGCUCCAGGAAGCUGUAGUGAGAAGUGGAAAACGACUUGGUGUGAAAGUAACUCCAUAGACUUCCCCUUCCUCCUGCUGGGACUGACCGCAAGGAUGUCCCUUCAUAAAUAACUUGAAGGCUGAAUCCUAUCUCGGUAAAUGGACCUUCAACAGUGGGGCUAACUCAGAGACUCUCUCCAUACACCCCCCAGAGGCACAUGGGGCUGAGUCCCAGCUGCCCACGUCAGUCAUAGGCCUGUCAACCUCCCCUGUGUCUGUUCCCCUCCUUCCUUCCCCUCCCUGUCCCUCUUUUCUUCCCCCUCCUCUACUGCUUCUCUUGGAAUCACCUCCCAGCUAAACUGUGGAUAUUCAAAUACUUGGCUCAGGCUCUGUGUCUGGAGAAACCUGGACCAAGUCUACAAUACGUCUUGGUAUCUGCCCGACGUGCUUCUUCUCUAUUAAAAUACUUUUUUUCUUCUCUUGUGCGAUUUCUCUUUUAGAUGAUCUUUAAAUGACUAUAGCUCUUUAGGUUUUAAUUAACCUCUUGAGUAAGCCAUCCGUGCCUGUGGGACCAAAACAUGUCAGUCUCUCCAGUGAAAACUCAGUGCCCUCCCUCCCCAUGUUCUGAUCUCAAAAGGUCUUCUCCCUGUUCUUUAUGAUAUUCCAAAUAAUCCACUUGCCAUGUUGGCUUCAAACUCUACCUGCAAUACUCUGUAGAACUUUGAAAAUCUAUUUGUGAAUAAAUGGAGCACAGGGAAUUGUUGGGACACUGAAUCCUCUCUGUGAUACUGUACUGGUGGAGACGUCCCCUUCAGGAUUGUCCAAACCUAUAGAACAUAUAGCACAAGUGAGCCCAAAUGCAAACUGUGGACUUUGAGUGGCAAUAACAUGUGCAUAUUGUUCCCCCUGCUGCAAAAAUAUCUAGGCCUGGUGGGGGCUUUGACAAUGGAGGAGGCUGUGCUUUUGUGGGGGUGGGAAGUGAAUGGGAAAUCCCCCCACCCUCUACGUAAUUUCGCUGUAAAUCUAUACUUUUACUGUGAAUCUAAAUACUAAAGUCCAUUUUUGAA